CAAAGUCUAUAGUGUUUGAAUAACUGUUGUAGGUCAAGGCGGUAGUCAGUCCCGUUGCACGCCAAGAGAUGGGUAUCGAUAUCUGUCACAGAUAUGAUAGGAAGGUAAAGAGAAAAAACCCAAAGAGCGAUGAUGUUUAUCUUCGCCUUCUAGUCAAAGCUUACAAAUUCUUGGCCCGUAGAACUGGUUCAAAGUUCAACAAAAUUAUAAUGAGAAGACUUUUUAUGAGCAAAAUCAACAAACCUGCUUUAUCUUUGGCGCGUUUGAUGCGAGUGAUGAAAAAAAGUGGGCGUGAAAAUAAAAUAGCUGUUUGUGUUGGAACCAUCACAAAUGAUACAAGAAUCCGAGAGUUCCCGAAAAUGAAAGUGUGUGCUCUUCGAGUAACCGCGGCUGCCCGAGAACGUAUUUUGCAUGCUGGUGGAGAAAUAAUCACUUUCGAUCGUCUGGCAGUUCUCAGUCCUUUAGGGAAAAAUACAGUACUUAUUCAAGGACCAAGAAAAGGAAGAACCGCCGUCAAACACUUCGGCCCUGCACCUGGUGCGCCAUCAAGCCAUACGCGACCUUAUAUUCGCUCAAAGGGUCGUAAGUUCGAGAAAUCUAGAGGUCGUCGUGCUAGUCGGGCUUACAAAAAGUAAAACUGUACAUUGAAAAUACAUACUUCUUCUGGAGUUAUUUCUGUUUGAAGCUUGUGGUUUAAAUAAAUUAACGAUCAUAAAAACGUAUAUGUUGGGGAUUUUAGACUAAAAAUUCUUGCUAGUACCUUC